CUUCAUUUGAGCCUUUACGACACUCCGUCUAAUCAAGAUACAUUUCAGGAAAGCUCAGCCCCUCCUUCCCAAUCUCCUUCCGUUCUAAAAUCACCUUUCAGCACAAUUAGUGCUGUGAUUGGAUUCUCUGCAGGUGCUCACAUAGACCCGUCAAAAUUUCCUUCCUCGAGGACCUUGAGAGUGCGGAGGAAGAAAUCAUGGGUGCAGGAGCAAGCGCUGAGGACAAAAAGUCCAAGGAAUUGGAAAAACAGCUCCAGGAAGAUGCCGAUAAGGAGGCUAAAACGGUCAAACUGCUGCUGCUUGGCGCUGGUGAAUCAGGAAAAAGCACCAUUGUAAAACAAAUGAAGAUUCUCCACCAAGGCGGUUACACAAAAGAGGAGCAAAUGGAGUUUAGGACGAUCAUCUACGGAAACAUCCUGCAGUCGGCUCUGGCUAUCAUCAGAGGCAUGGAGAUGCUCAGCAUUGAUUUUGGCGCACCUUCCGCGCAGGAGGAUGGGCAGAAGCUGCAGAACUUGUCAGACUCCAUUGAGGAAGGGACAAUGCCUCCUGAGCUGUCUGAUGUCAUCAAGAAGCUGUGGAAAGACUCUGGAGUGCAGAGCGCGUACGAGAGAGCGGCUGAGUACCAACUGAACGACUCUGCUGGAUACUACCUCAGCGAAAUGGACCGGAUCUGUCUGCCGGACUACAUGCCCACCGAGCAGGACGUGCUGCGAUCUCGAGUCAAAACAACUGGUAUUAUUGAAGAGCAGUUCUCCUGCAAAGAGCUGCACUUCCGGAUGUUUGACGUGGGAGGUCAGAGGUCAGAGAGAAAGAAGUGGAUCCACUGUUUUGAGGGUGUGACCUGCAUCAUCUUCUGUGGAGCCCUCAGCGCUUACGACAUGGUGCUUGUAGAAGACGAUGAAGUGAACCGCAUGCACGAGUCCCUCCAUCUAUUCAACAGCAUCUGCAACCACAGAUUCUUCGCUCUGACCUCCAUCGUGCUUUUCCUCAACAAGAAGGAUCUCUUCGAGGAGAAGAUCAAGAAAGUCCAUCUGAGUAUCUGCUUCCCUGACUACGACGGCCCCAACACAUAUGAUGAUGCCAGUGCCUACAUCAAGACACAAUUCGAGGAUUUGAACAUGAAGAAAGGUCAGAAAGAAAUCUACUCCCACAUGACCUGUGCCACAGACACGAAGAACGUCGAGAUCGUGUUCAACGCCGUGACGGACAUCAUCAUCAAAGAAAACCUUAAAGACUGCGGUCUGUUCUAAGCAGCUCCAGAGUGAUGGGAGAGAGAACAUCUUUUUCAACCGGAGCCCCGCACACAUUGGCAUUAGGAAAGAAGUGUACCAACUGGGCACAGAGCAUCCUCAGACUGUUGUGUUUUAUGCCGUCAUCUCCACGUCAAGUUGUGGCUGGACGCUCCUAGAGAAUAUCAUCAUCUCCCAUGUUACCUUCCUGCAACUCUCUGCAUGUCCGGCUGGGUAAAAACAGAUACUUAGUCACCAUGUGAACGCUGUGGAGCCUCAGAUUCCUACACAGCUAAAAGAUUAAAGGUACGAAGAUGAAAUAGCUGCUUCUCUGAUUAUCAUUGAGUUUUUAAAACUUAUAAAUUGUAAAUUAUAAUGGAGCUGAAAGCCAAGUUCUGUGAAAACAAUUAAAGCCAUCUGGGAAAAGUAAAAAAAAAAAAAAAAAAAAUUCUGAAUAGACAAUUUUCUUUGUUUUGUUUUUGAGUGCGAUAGUCUCUGUGAUCUUGAUAUUUAAGCUGAAAAGUUGCUGAGCAGAUAUCUCUGAUGUUCCCACUGCUUGCAGUCUGUCCAGAUUACAAACCCAAUUGUGCACGUAUCUAACCUACAUAGUGUUAAUGUACUGAAUUCACUUAACAUUUUAUUGUGAUGAAUAAAUCU